CCCUCCCGGAAGCGCCGGCGGAGCGUGUGUAUGGCGCGGGAGUCCUGCACCUCCGAGGCUGUCACCACCGCUGCGGAGCUGUUCGCCUGGGGUGCAAACAGCUACGGGCAACUUGGCCUUGGUCACAAGGAAGAUGUGCUUCUGCCCCAGCGGCUGAGUGGCUUCUGUAAGGCUGGCUGUAUCAAGAGUGUCACAGGAGGAGGAGGGCAUUCCGCAGUUGUCACAGAUAGAGGAGAUCUUUUUGUCUGUGGCCUGAAUAGAGAUGGACAGUUGGGGCUUGGUCACACAGAGGAAGUUCUGUGUUUUACCAUCUGCGAGCCUCUCCUUGGUUGUCCCAUCCGACAGGUGGCCUGCGGCUGGGACUUCACCCUCAUGCUUACAGAAAAAGGCCAAGUUCUGUCAUGUGGAUCCAAUGCCUUUGGCCAGUUAGGUGUGCCGCACGGCCCUCAAAAAUGCAUGGUUCCCCAGGCCAUCGAGUGCCUGAGAGAGAAGGUUGUUUGUGUCGCUGCUGGACUGCGUCAUGCCUUAGCCACUACAGCGACUGGCAGUGUGUUCCAGUGGGGGACUGGCUUGGCAUCUUCUGGGCGACGCUUGUGUCCUGGGCAGAGUCUCCCAUUGUUCUUGACAGCAAAGGAACCCAGCAGAGUGACAGGCCUAGAGAAUUCUACAGCAGUAUGCGUUGUUGCAGGAUCUGACCACUCGGCCUCAUUAACAGAUACAGGAGAGCUGUAUGUCUGGGGCCGUAACAAGCAUGGGCAGCUGGCCUCCCUCGCGGCGUUCCUUCCUGUGCCCCAGAGGAUAGGAGCACAUUGCUUUCAGGAUGAAAAGGUCACUGCCGUCUGGAGUGGCUGGACACACCUGGUGGCUAAGACAGAAACUGGCAAGGUGUUUACCUGGGGUCGAGCAGACUAUGGUCAGCUGGGGAGGAGGUUGGAGUCUCCUGAAGCUCAGAAACCUGUAGAGCAAGACUCAUCGCUCCCCUUCCAGAGGCCGCAGGACAGUGUGCCUUCGCCUCUGCAUUGCCUGACAGGAGCAGCAGAGGGGACAAGUGCUGCUCCUGGGGCUGGAACGAACACGGCAUGUGUGGGGAUGGCACUGAGUCCAAUGUCUGGACUCCAACUCCAGUGCAGGCUCUGCCUUCACCAUCAAGACUCCUCCUCGUGGGCUGUGGGGCUGGCCACUCCUUGGCCUUAUGUCAGCUGCCGGCACACCCUGCGCCAUGCCAGGACCUCAGGGUCACCCGCCCACUCCCAGAUGCCACCGAGGACACUGAAUCUCAGGUUGCCGUGGACAGAGACACACCGGAAGGAGACACGAUCAGUGACUUCAACCCAAAAUGAUUCUGACAGGAUGAGAAAUGGGGGACUGGGGGUGAGAGACUGUUCAAUAAAGUGGCUUAUCCCAACAGAAGAUUCCCUGGAGAAUCCUUCUAACAGAUUAUGGGGUCAGGAAUCCUCCUGUCAGCACAAGAAGGGAUCAGGAAGCGCUGACGGCUGGGCAGAAGUGCAGGUCGGAACAAGAAGGAGCUGCUUGCUCAGUGCUCAGAGAGGCCCAAGCCAUGGAGGGGACAUCCUUUCAACUCAGCAGGUGUGGCUGAGGGGCGCCUCAGUAAAGGGCACGCAAAGUGAAGACAUCAGAAGGGGCUCUGGCCCUAUGUGAUGUCCACCCCGAGUCCCUACGUGAUGUCUGCCCCGAGUCCCUACGUGAUGUCUGCCCCAUGGCUGUGUUUAGGUCAGAAGGUGGGGGAUUCUAGGCCACAUUUAGAGCAGCACACACCUCCCCUCUGACUUGGGGGCUUAUUUUCUGUCCAGAGCCCAUAGCUUUGCCUGUCUGAGGGCACCACGGCACCUUGCCUGGAGACUCAGAAGAAAAGGUGCCCUUGUCUUCAUGACCAGGCCCAAGCGAAGGCCGGAUGGGAAGAAUGGGAUGAGUAAGAGGAGAGAACUCAGGGCUUCUGGGAAGACACAGCAGAGGAGACUCCAAGUGCAGACAAGGCUGUCUGGGGCCUCUGUAGCCGGUGGACUGUGUUAUCUCAGAGCUGGGGUGUCUAGGCUCCAGUAGCUUCCAGCGGUUACAGAAUCCUAGGACAUUAAAGCUGGGGACUUCUGUCACCAUAAAGCAUAGAAGCCUCCAAACUGUGCUCCUCAGAGCCUGGCAUGGUGGCCUAUGUCAGAGCUAGGUGGGUCUCUGAGUUUAAAGCCAGCCUGGUCUACAUAGAAACUUCCAGGCCAAUCCAGCUCACAUAGUAAGCUACUGUCUCAAAACAAAACAAAAUAAAACAAAAAACAACAAAAAAACCAAAGCAGCCUACAUACUUGAGAGCUUCAGACAUCUCCUCACAGACAGCAAGAAGCUUGCCCAUCUCCUGGAUAUGCUGGGCAGUGUUGGCCUUGUCUUUAUGCUAUGUGAUGUGCUCUGAGUGAGACUGUAUUUAGCAAGAGGCUCCUUAAGGAAGUGUAGAAACUGCCGAUCUCAUCAACCACUCUUGAUGCUCGUCAGGAGAAAAUGGAGGCUGGAAACAAGGGACGCACCUCGGUCCUGGCCCAGGGCCACCCAAUCAGAGCCCUGAACCAGACGAGCAUGGGAUAGGAGGAAGUAGCUGAGUGACUGGAAGCAGGCUCAGCUCAGAAGCUGUGGAGGAAGCUCCUUCCGACUCCACAGGCCUGAGCCUAGAUACCACCGGCAGCCGCAGUCUCACCUGCAGCUCCUUCCCUUAGCACUGGACCCAAGAACUACGGCCCUGUUCUGCACAACCCCUCUGUAUCAGGCAGGGUUCUCUAGAGUCACAGAACUUGUGGGUAGACUCUAUAUAGUAAGGGACUGUGUUGAUGACUUACAGUCUGUAGUCCAACUCCCUAGCAAUGGUCAGCAGCGGCUGUGAAUGGAAGUCCAAGGAUCUAGUAGUUGCUCAGUCCCACGAGGCAAGCAGGCAAAGAAGAGAGAGUGAGUCUUCCUUCUUCCAAUGUCCUUGCGUAGGUCUCCAGCAGAGGGUAUGGCCCAGAUUAAAGGUGUGUACCCAUGCCUUUAAUCCCUGAUGACCUUGAACUCAGAGAUCUCCUUGUCUUAAUCUUCUGGGAUUCAUAGCCACUAUGCCUCAAGAUCUCCAUGCCAAGAUCCAGGUCAGAAACUUGUAUCUCAGCCUCCAGAUUAGGAUCACAGGUGAGCCUUCCAAUCCUGGAUGGUAGUUCUUUCCAGAUAUAGUCACGUUGACAACCAGGAAUAGCCACUACACCCACCUACCAGAGCCAGAGGCCAGUGGUGACAUUUGUACUCUGAUCUCUUGCUAGUGUGGCCAAGCCCACAGAGAUAGAGCAGUCACCCAGUAUGGCAUACUGGGGCAAGCUCAAGGUGACUGUCCUGUAGGCUGAGAGGUUGGCAGCAGCCAGGCCCAAAAGCAUUCCCAUGUGACCCGUUCUGCCUAGGCAGUUUCUAGUCACAAGGAGCCAACAGCAUCGUGCCCAGAGGCAAGCUAGCUCCGGUCUCUUUCAAUAUGUGCUGCAGAAAUCCACAGCCUGAGCUUCCCAUUCACCGUGGGCCUUGGAGCCCAGUGCCUUGUUCAUAGGACAUAGAUGUGUCCACGUCCCGAACAGGAUCAGUGCAUAGGCCCUAACUUAGUCCUUUGAUCUAGAGCCUCAGACCGUCACGGGUGGGUCAGAUCCUUCUAGAAGAAGGCACGCGCAGGAAGGAGUGGCUCCCUGCCCACACCACCUUACCUCAGCCACCCCCAUUCUGCCCUUCCUGAUGGCACUCUGGGCAGAAGGCCUUUUUCCUCACCCUGCUCUGAUGGGUAAAAACACCAGAAACAAGGAAGGACUGUUGAUAAGUCUUUUUUUUUUUUCCCCUCUUAUCCUUUGGUAACUGUUUGUCUUGCAAAGAUGUGCAAGUCCCCUUUCUGGCAGUCCAUGAAAGACCAGAACUUAGUCAACUCUAGAACUAAGAAGACUGUAAGUGCAUGAUCUGCUCAGUGUCCCCAGGAGUCGUCACUGGAGUGCGACCUUGACUGAGUGAGCUCUGAGAUCCCAUCCUUAUCCACUUUCUUCUGUUUACAGUGCUUGUAGAACCAGUCUACAGGUCUCGUGGACACCUGACACUGUCACCUCACUCACCUGCUUAGGCUCAUUAGGGUCACAGGAGCUAGCCCGAGAGACGAGCUCAUUUAAAAAGAAAUGAGUUUUCAAUGCAAUUUUGCCUUCAUUGCCCACCCUUGCCCCUUGUGAGAAGGAAGAAAUACUCCCACUGUGAGCUGCAGGUGUUGGCCGGGCCCUGGAGGAAGUGGUGAGGACCCAGCAUGCAGCAGUGGAUGCCCUGCCUUCUUCCCACACCCACCCUCCCCUUGUGCUCUCAGGUACCCAUCUUCCCUUGACCCAUCUUCCACCCUUGGCUGGGAUAGCCUGCAGUCUGCUAGACUAACCUUGGAUGGUGUGCUGGCUAGUUUAUGUCAACCUGACACAAGCUAAAGUCAUCUGAGAGAAGGGAACCUCAGUUGAGAAAAUGCUUCCACAGUCUGGGCUGCAGGUAAGCAGGCAGGGCAUACUUCUUAAUCAGUGAUUGACAAGGGAGGCCCAGCCCACGGCGUUUGGUAAGAAAACAAGCUGAGCAAGCCAUGGGGAGCAAGCCAGUAAGCAGCACUCCUCCAUGGCCUCUGCAUCAGCUCCUGCCACCACCAACUUCCUGUCCUGUCCUGACUCCCUUCAAUGAUGAGCAGUGAUGUGGAAGCGUAACCUGA